CUGCGAUGGACCAAUCAUAUGUUAGGAUUUAUUCCCAAUUUAGUGGUGUGUGAUUGUCCCCCAAAAAUUAGACACAGCAAUAAAAUACUAUCGAGACUUUCACCGGAAUACUAGAGAGAAAGUAAAAACGUAGAGAAGACGAAAGGUAAAGAUACAAGGUGAAGUUUAAAAGUUGUGGAUUUAAGAUGAAUGCGACUGACGGGAAUACCUCUUACCAACUGAAAUUUAUCAAUAGAAGUCCGAACAUACGAACGGCUGGGAAACUAAAACCUGCAGGAGACAGCGCGAAGACCUGCUUCCAAGAAAUGGCAAGGUCCCCUACCCCACCGGUGGUAAGGAAAUUUCGCAACAGCAUCCAGCCAGAGCCAGGAGCUGCCAGAGUGCACCACGGGAAGGCAGACGAUCCGGUUGUCGCCCCCACUCUUGUUCAUGGCAUCAGCACCAAAUCUACCCUCACCGGCACAGGCUUACUCAAUCCUCCCCAAAAGACCCUGUUCCAAGAGAAGUUGCAAGAGCUCAGUGAAGCAGUGUACACCUCAAGUCAAAAAGCACCGUUGGGCAGGUCCUGUGAUCGGCACGUUAGACUUCCCGCUUGGUGUGACGACAAAACUACAUAUGGUGUGAAAACAGUUAGAGAUUUGGAUGUGCGUGAAAUUAUUCGUCCUUCAAAAACCGCAGAGGAGGUGGACAAGGAAGCUCAGGAGGGACACAAGGCUUACGUUCGUAGCCACAACGGCUAUUUUGUUGGUGAGCAGAUUGACAGGAAGUACGACUGGAGUCACUACAGUAAAGACAGCAGAUUUGGGAUCCUCACCCCUCAUUUCAACGAUGGCCGUAAUGUCGGCAAAAGUCUCCGGUGGCUGGGGGAAACACAAAAGUUUUACAAUCCAAAAACUGUUUGGAAGAGAUCUGGAAACAGGGAAAAGAUGGCGCAGCAACUUGGCAAAACAAACAAUGCGAGAGGAAAUACCUUGAAUGUUCCACCAGAUCACACUUUUGGAAUUCUCUUACCGCUGGAUGAAUAUGGUGUUGGAGACAUAAUCUGCUCCACUGAGCCAGGUCAGUAUGUGAGAGGCCGAGACCAGCAGCGCAGCCUGGUCAACGCAGUGCGACACCACCUGAAGAAGGUCAACUUCCACAACUUCCCCUCCCUGCUGCAGGCGUUCAGACACUAUGACAAGAAAGGCAAAGGAAUGAUUGACAAAGAGGACCUGCAGGCAGUGUGCCGCCAGUUCCAGCUGGACGUGAGCGAGCCAGUCUUGGAUGACUUGAUGGACUGCUGUGACGCAGACAAGGACGGACUCAUCAACUUCCUAGAGUUUUCUAACUUUCUCAACUGGAAGAACAAGAUGCCCAUCAACAGUCGAGAGCAACGCAUUAUGACAAAUGAGCGUCAGACCAGCUCGGCACCAGCCAACACAGGGAGAAAGCCUUCAUCAGAAUCGGCACAGCUUCCUGCCUCUCAGGCCUUGGUUAAGCCUGAGGACCUGGAGCCUGUUGAGCCAGGCAGCUCGUUGAAGAUCCUCAGGACCCUGAGGCGACCCAGGGCAGUCCCAGACCACUUCAAGACCUCCUCCUCCCUCAUUGGAGAUGGCAGUAAUGUUCCAUUUACAUCAAGCAGCCGCGCCUACGGGAUCCCAUCUGUGCGCUCCGACCUUCCAGCUCCGCGCAUAAAGAGGAUCAGUGACACUAACAACUACGGUGAUGCAUCCACGGCUGGAGAUCUUCUGCAUCCAUCAGUUCACGCCCUUCGCGGUGUUCACGAGGAACACUUCUUCUGUCCUCGCACCAAGGAGGAGAUUGCAGAGAUUUUCAGGAAUGUGGGUGUGAAUAUUUCUGAAGAGACGUUUGAGGAGGCCUGGAAGCUGGCGUCCAUGAAGCAUCCGGCAGGGGAGGUUUGUGUCGAGGUUUUCCGUAACGUACUCGCGGAAAUAAAAGCGAUGUAGUAACGUUCAGACUGUGUUUGCUCAUGACAGCCAGUGUUUCUGUGUGAACGUUAUAUCUGCUGCCUGGUGGAAACUUUGCAGGACUAAGAUGUUAUUUUACACGACCUUCUCAAAACCUCAAAAUAAAGCUAUUUUAAAGAGCUGCAA